UUGCCACAGAUCGUCAAGGGAGAUGAAGCGGGAUGAAGCUGACGUGAACGACCAUGCUACUGAUGCCACACGCAUCGUGUAUCGUGUGAAUUGACAAAUUACACGCGUCGAUUGCGAUAUUGAUCGGUAACCUUCUUCCACGCGGGAAAUAUUUUACGCUUCAUUGGACAACAGGCGGUAAAGGCUGCGUCUCGAAUUCCGAAUUUCCCGAAUCGAUUACCGUAAUCAGGGCUACCGCCUGAAUCGGUUACCACAUCACAGGGAUGCUCGCAGCGACCAUAAUCGCUUUUCGGUAAUGUCGCUUUGCCCGUCGUCGUCUCAUCAGCUUGUCGCAGCGGCGAUCGCAUUUCGACGUGCUCGACGCAAAUUUCCGAAGGACUUUGGCCUCGAAAACGUCGUCGAACGUGGAAAUACGAAGGUUUACAUCUGUCCAUUCAUGCAAAAAAUAUUUUUUUUUAUAGAAGAUCAUGAUUGCAUAAUAAAAGAAUUGAGUUUUCCGACGCAGGAAACCGCGACGAGCCGCGAAGGGCCCAUCAAUCAAGCGAGAUCGGGUUCCACGCUGGUGAGACGCGCGUACAACUCGAGAUCCGAUCACGUUUGCCCGGCGAGCGUGCGGAGCCGCGACUACGACGGUUUCUGCGGCAAGGAGAUCAGCUGCAGUUGUUGCCGGACAAGAAACGCCGGCGAGGACAUUUCGGUGCUACGGGACGAGUGCAGCGGCGGAGAUGCGGUCGAUACCGUGCCGAGCAGAGAGUUCGCGUCAUCGGACGUUGAUCGUAAAAAUGGGUUUGCAAAACCGGUCGACCAGAAAUAUAAAUGCGACGUAGCGUCGAGAUCGACGAACGACGGCGAAGCUGUCAGAACGAUAGAACGGAUCCUGCAACCCAUGCAUCCGACGUCCUACCGUCAUUGUGAAGCGCGUUGCCCGUGCUCGAACGUGGAUCCCGUAAAUCCUCGGUGCGACUCUGCACCUCGCGAGAGGCACGACAAGGUCGCGUGCGGUGACUUUAAGGGGGACAGAAUCAAGGAGUUCGCGUCGACGAGUUGUCACGGAACAUCCAUCGAUCUUGGCGGCAACGCGGAGGAGAACGUCGUUCCGAUCGCUCGGGGCCGCGGCCCGGGUGUCGAGGACGCGUGGACGAGGCGCCCUGCAGCUGCAAUCCGUUUUGUGUUUAAUUCACUCUCUUCGCAUCAUUCAUAUUGCAGAUGCGAGACGCGCGGGAGCGGCGUCUCCGGCGAGAAAGCUCGGCACAAAAGCUGGCGCGAUCAGAUGCGAGGCGAGAAUAGUCGAUUGUACGCGCGGCAGUGUUACUCGAAGGAGUAUUCUGGAAUAAUAGCUGCCUCGAGUGAGCGGAACGACGAAGAGGAGCGCAGGAAGAAGCAGGAGGAGGAGGAGAAGGAGGAGGAGGAAGAGAAGGAGGACGACGAGGACGACGACGGUGGCGUGGCUGUUAUCAAUCACAAGGACUCUAUGUGCAUCCUCGCUGAAAAAUAUAAAACCGGUAGGAAGUGGCGCGGCGGCAGACGAUGCGGGGAUAGGACGCGAUCGGACGACAAGGACGAGUGUAACAAAUCGUUGACUUCGGAUAUCAUCGAUCAGCGAGCGGAGUCGCCGCUCGAGAGUGUGAACGCGGUUCCGCACGAGGGACCGAGCGUGAAACACGUUUGCCGAGCCGCGCAUUGCGAGAGAUGCGGGAUCUCCCCGAUCGCGAAGACGUGUGGUCGUGGAUGCGGCCGACACGGACCGCCGCCGGAGGGUGAAUUCGACCGAUUGCGGUCACCUUUGAACCGCUGUUGCUCGAGUCGAGCGCCUUGCAGACGUGUCUUCUAAUUCAAUUUCGUUUCGUAAACACGUUCACGGACUUUUUACGCCAAUUUUCUAUUUUCUAGUUAUUUUCUGCAUUUAUCGCGCGCAAUUGGAAUAAAAAGCGAUUUAAAAUUUAUUUGAAACUGUCCUCCUUUUUCCCUUACGUUUUGAUCGUGACGAUAGGUACCGUGUAUAACGAUGUGCAUGAAAAAUUUAUGUAAAAUCCUCUCGCU